UAUACUUUCCCUUUCUUAGGAGAACCACUAGUAGGCUUCUCUUUAAAAACCACGCGCUCUCUCCGCAAUUCACGCGCCGUCGCCGGCGACUCUGUCAGUCCAUUUCCCGAUACUGCGACAACGGGAAAGUUCUCGGAUCCGAUGGAUGAAGUUUCUCUCAACAGUGAGCCAGUAUAUGAUGAUGAAGGUGAUGAAUUUGAGAUUGAAGGAGAUUGUGCAAUGACAGAAUAUGUUGGUCAAACUGGCAUAAUUCAGAAUCCCCUGCCUCCUGCUGUUGGAAUGGAGUUUGAGUCCUACGAGGAUGUUUAUUACUUCUAUAAUUGUUAUGCAAAGGAACAGGGAUUUGGGGUUAGAGUGAGCAAUACAUGGUACAGAAAGAGUAAAGAAAGAUACAGAGGAAAACUUAGCUGCAGUAGUGCAGGUUUCAAAAAGAAAAGUGAAGCAAACCGGCCAAGACCGGAAACAAGAACUGGUUGUCCAGCAAUGAUAAAAUUCAGAUUGAUGGAGACCAAAAGGUGGAGAAUUAUUGAAGUCGAGCUUGAGCACAACCACUUGAUUAGUCCAACAAGUGGAAAAUUCUAUAAAUCACAUAAGACUUUGGGUUUAGGGACCAAGAGACCUUUGCAGUCAGAUGUUGCAGAAGAAGUACAAACGAUUAGAUUGUUCCGAACAGUUAUCAUAGAUGCAGAUGGUGAUGGAAAUGCAGAUGUUGAUGAAGGAGAAUUUGGGAAUAAUGUUGAUCACUCCAAUCAAUUGAGGUUUAAAGAAGGAGAUGCACAAGCUGUUCAUAAUUACUUCUGCAGCUCACAGUUGAUGAACCCAAAUUUUUUUUACUCAAUUGAUCUCAAUGAGAAAGGAUGUUUGAGGAAUGUGUUUUGGGCAGAUGCAAGGUCUAGAGUUGCAUUUGGAUAUUUUGGUGAUGUAGUUGCAAUUGACACUACAUGCUUGACUUUCAAAUAUGAAGUCCCACUGGUGUCAUUUAUUGGAGUGAAUCACCAUGGACAUCGUGUUCUAUUGGGUUGUGGUUUAGUUGCAGGUGAGACAAUUGAGUCAUAUAUUUGGUUGUUCAGGGCAUGGCUUACUUGUAUGUUAGGACGCCCUCCACAAACUAUCAUUACUGCUCAAUGUCGAACCUUGCAAGCUUCUGUAGCUGAUGUUUUCCCUAGAGCUUCACAUUGUCUUUGUUUAUCACUUAUCAUGCAAAAAAUCCCAGAAAAACUGGGAGGAUUGCUAGAGUUUGAAGCGAUUAAAGUUGCAUUGAGUAGAGCAGUUUACUACUCCUUGAGAGCAGAUGAGUUUGAAGCUACUUGGGAGGAUAUGAUUCAACAUUUUGGAAUUAGGGAUCAUAAAUGGCUUCAGGCAUUGUAUGAAGAUCGGAAACGAUGGGUUCCAGCUUAUUUGAAGGAUAUAUUUUUGGCAGGAAUGUUUCCUAACCAGCAAAAUGAGGCUGUAACUCCAUUUUUUGAUGGAUAUUUGCAUAGACAUACUCCUUUAAAAGAAUUUUUUGAUAAAUAUGAUCAAGCUCUUCGAACAAGUCAGCAGGAAGAAGCCUUGGCAGAUUUGGAGUCGAGAAACUCAAGGUUUGUGCUAAAGCCACGAUGUUAUUUUGAGUUUCAGCUGGAAAAAUUGUACACAAACGACAUAUUUAAGAAGUUCCAAAGAGAGGUGGAGGGAAUAUACUCUUGUUUUAGCACAAGACAAAUACAUGCUGAUGGGCGAAUCGUAACAUACAUGGUCAAAGAACAUGUUGAAGUUGAGGAAAACAGGAGGGAGACAAGAGAUUACGAGGUUUCAUUUGACACCUCUGAAAUGGAGGUUUUCUGUGUCUGUGGUUUAUUCAACUUUAAGGGAUAUUUAUGCAGGCAUGCGCUAACUGUGCUUAACCAGAAUGGCAUGGAAGAGAUCCCACCUCAAUACAUUCUGUCAAGAUGGAGAAAGGACACGAAGCGCACAUAUGUUCUUGAUCAUGGUUGCAGUGGCAUCGAUAUUAAUAACCCAGUACACAGGUAUGAUCAUUUAUAUAGAUGUGUUGUGCAAGUUGUUGAGGAAGCGAGGAAAUCACAAGAUCGUUACAAGGAUGCAAUACAGGCAUUGGAUGAGAUACUGAACAAGGUUCAUCUGAUAGAAGAUCAUCCAGUGUAGCUUAUAAAAUUAAGGUCCUAGACAUAUGUUGCUUGACGGUUGUGGAUAUCACAUAAUUUGAUGUUUUUUUGCUCUUAUUUAGUUUUAGAUAUAGUUUAUACAUGCAGAUCUUGUGGUGCUGUCAUUAACAACUUGGUAGCUCUUGUAAUAUAAAUUUAGUUGUCAUAGUGUUAUAAAAUAUAGCUUGUUCAUUUC